AUGGUCCGCCUCUUGCUGAUGAUCGCCUUCGCCGCCUCCGCCACGCGCGGAGCACCCAUCCCGACCGACAAGCUGGACGUCGCGACUACCCUCAAGUACGCCGACGUCGACACGGCCAGCAAGUCCAUCGUCGACGACAAGGAAUCGCUCGGCGCCUCCGAGAGCCGCAAGACCCUCUCCUCCACCAAGGCCGUUCCCAAGGCGGACUCGACCCUGACCGCGCGCUACAUCACGCCCGCCAACAAGACCUCGCAUGGGGGCCGGAAGCUGUCGCCUCCCUCGGUCGUGAGCGGCAUGGGCCUCGCCUUCACCACCGACGGCAACAACGUCAAGAUGUGCAGCGAGCAUAACGGCAACUACUGGAGCGGUGGUUCGUGGAACAACUAUGGCGAUCAGCCCACCUCGGAGGAUUGCCAGAAGAAGUGCCUCGACGACCCCGACUGCCCCUUUGUGCUGUUCCGCCCGGCCAACCGCUUCUGCACCAAGUACACCGCAUGCACGCGCUCACCCGGCAUCGACUGGGGCUGGGCAGGCGACCAGGUGUUCCGCAAGCAGUGCACGGUCGACUCGGUCACCGUCAACACGAAGAGCUGGGGCUCCGAGGUGACGUGGUCGAUUCGCGAUGCGUCCGGCGACGCCGUCUGCUCUGGCGGCCCAUACGACGACAACACGGAAACGUCGGAGCACUGCUGCAUCGGCACCGGCGCCUUCACCCUUUCCUGCACUGACUCCUACGGAGAUGGCUGGCACGGUGGCAGCAUCGAAAUCGCCGGCAAAGAGUACUGCGCCGACUUCGUCGAUGCCGAUGGAUCUCGGGAGUCCUUCGAGCAGGAGGAGCAGCUCGUGAUUGAGGAAUGCAGGCACACUUGCUCCUCGGGCAGCGACUGGCUUGCCAACCACCCCUGGGUUGUCCUGCCGCUCGGGCAGUGUCGGAGUCGGAGGGUCGACUGA